CCAGCGAGAUGAACGAACGUUGGGAUGCGAGAUGAGAAGAUGGCGAACUUGUGGAGGAUGAGAUGUUUGCUAUCGCCGUCUUCAUAUUCUCUAGGCUUGCAAAUAUCAAGAUGCAUAGCAACAAGCCAAAGUCACAAUGCCGGCACCUCUGAAGGGUGGCUCAACAAGUUGCUUCACGUCAGAAAAAUCGAACCAGGAAAAGAUUCUCACUCACGCCUCCUGUCAGACACAGAGACAGUUUACGAACUUCAAAUUCACGAUGUCAAGCCAGAAGCAGUAGAGCCAUAUUUGAAGGGAUACGAGAAAUACAGCCAACUUCUCCAAUCGAAAUCGUCAGACACCAGACUGAUUGGUAGCUGGCAGGUUGUCAUUGGGGACCAAGACCAAUAUAUUCAUGUAUGGCAGUUCAAACAAGGUUGGCGUACAGCUCACAAUACAAUCAGCGUCUGCAACGAAGACGCGGACCUCCGUGCUCUUCAGAGGGACGAAGCAAAGUACCUACGUGCUCGGCAGAACCAACUUAUGCUUCCCUUCAGCUUUUGGGGUAACCCUGAACCCAAAGAUCAUGGAGGAAUGUAUGAGAUACGUUCCUAUGUGCUCAAGCCUGGCACGAUGAUUGAAUGGGGAAACAACUGGGCACGGGGAAUCACAUUUCGACGUGCCAAUGCCGUAGCUGGAUUUUUCUCACAGAUUGGGCAGCUGUAUAUGGUGCACCACAUUUGGACAUACAAGGACCUGCAGGCCAGAAAGGAUAUUCGUGAAGACAACUGGAGAAAGCCUGGUUGGGAUGAAUGUGUCGCCUACACAGUUCCACUUAUCAGGGAAAUGCGAUCCAGAUGGAUGAGUCCAACGUCAUUCUCUCCACUAAAAUGAAAUCUUCGGCCUGAAUUAGAUCGACAGUUGUUUGCAAUUUGACGGACGUUGGUAACAAAAACUCGCAAAGAGGAUGUUAUGCGUGCUAGGUUGUCCUCGACCCUGGAGCUUUGCCGGAUAUCAGCCAGUAUUUUUAUUGCAUAUUGUUCAGCAUUUUGGUUGGCUGCCCGUUGGCCAUGGUCAUUGUUAUUGCUUUCGAUGAAUUUGUUGGGGGAUUCAAAUUUGAUUUGACCAGGAGCGAGGGAGAGAAACACGACACUCUGUACUUGCAGAUACGACUCUUGAGGAGUGGUAGAAAUGAUGAAUAGUAUGUAAAUAUGUGUAGUAAAAUGGACGAUAUAAACUACAAAUUUUCAAAUGA